UAUGAUCAAAUAUGAAUGAAGUUGGAAAGGUUACGUCAAUGUGCAACACGUAAUACGCGGUCGGCGAUUUUCUCAUUUUCAUCCAAGCGUUGCUUUUAAUAGAUUUGCUAAAAAUAUACAUAUAAAAAUAAUAUACAUUUUUUUUUGUCUGUCUGAAAAUCGUACUAUAUAGUUUCGCGAAACACAAUUUGAGAAGUAAAAUUCAAGACACAUCAAUUUUUAAAUCAAAACCAUUUCGUAUUCUUAUUAUGCCUUAUUCCCUUUCGCCGUGAAUCUAAAUACUGCCCGUGUCAAGACACAAAAUUGUGAGGAGUAUAAUAGAAUUAACGCCCUGUCUGUUUUCGUGGAAAGAGCAGAACGGGAGAAGGCAUUGCUAGAGCACGCGGACGUACUAAAAUGCAAAUUAACUUCUCUCUCCGGAACGAAUAUCAAAAAAUCACGUCAAUAUAAUCAAAAGAAGACCAAAAGAACGGCUAAUCGUAACAGAGUGGACAAGAAUGGAAAUAAACUGUGCUCAGAGGAACAGAUUUGCAUGGAUACUUAUACAAAAACGAGUCUUGUUAAAAUCUAUGAUGAGAAAUUUCGGCAAUUUCCACGGGAUUUAAAGGCGCAUGGCGAUCAAAAUAAGAAUAACCUGAAUUCUUAUUAUAAUAAAUUGGAUGGAAGUCAAAAAUUACAAACCAAUGCUGUCUUGAAUAAAGCAAAACUCUUUAACAAGGAUAUCGUAGGAACUAAAGUAAAACGCGAUAUUAUAGCGGAAAAUAUAACAAAGCAGGGAAAAAGAUUACCUGUACAUUCCACAAAAAGAAUUUCGGCGACAAGCAAUUUCAUCUACGAAUUUACUCCGUUUGUUAAUACUGAACAAUCACGUCCGUUAACGUCUCAGACUAUUUUGUGGCGUAAAAAUAGCUCUGCGCAAAUUCAUUCUAAAACAGAUUUUAUGGAACGGAAAUCAUCCGCUGUCUUGCCGGAAUUGAAGUCACAUAUCGAUUUCGUGACAAAUGAUCCAGAUUUGUAUGUAACGAAUUCUUCUCCGAUGAAAAAUACUUGCCUUCCAAUACUUGGUGGAGAGAAUCCGUCGAGGAUACUAAACAAACAAGUUGACAAUGAAUUCGAGCAAGACAUAGAUCACGAAGUGGAGAAAGUAAAGUCUGCGUGGCAAGAGUUACGAGGAGAAAAAGAUUGGAAGAAGGGUAAGAAUCGCAUUGACAGUGUCCAAACGAAAAAACUGUACGAGAUACUAGAGAAGAUGACGUGCGAGAUAGACAGAGUUCAGAGAAAUUACAUGGAUCCCAAGGCGAAUCGUUACUUGCACAAAAGCGCGAAUAAUGUUCUCAAAACGAGCAAGCCAAGUUUACGGGAACAAGCUGAAAUUAUAAGAAACUUAAUCUUUCCCGACAGAAAAGCGAGGACUAAAUCAGCAUUUUCUAUUCUGAAAAACGAAGAUAGUAAAACAAUUGAUAAAGAUAUGGCAAGGAUACGAUUCGACGAAGGUGUGGAAAAUAUUUUAACGGAUAAACAAUUAAAUAAGAAUUUCGUCUCAUCGAAUUAUACUGCGAAAAAGCAGUCUAAACGCACUGAAGCGCACGAGUAUGACAUCCCCGUUGAUAAAAGAUCAACCAUACAAUCACCAUACAAAGAUCACAAUAUAAUUGCAUCAAAUAAGAAACAAGAUACAGUUGUUACAGAUAUAAUGAAGCCAAAGUUUACAGAUGAAAGUAGAAUAAGAGCGAAGAUAAGAUCUUCCAUCGAGGAGUAUCUACAACAUCACACUGAUAAUAUUCACAAAUCAUGCGGCAUCGAAGAGAAAAAGGAAGAAUAUUCUCAAAGUGUAAAACCAUCUGUAAGCGAUAUUGAAAAUAUUCUAGCGAAUCAUAAUAUUGGACCGCACAUGUUGUAUGAAAAUUUCGAAAGACACAGUGAUGACUACGAUUCGGAAAAUUACGCAAGCGAAGAUGAUGUAUAUCACUCUUACUCGAAUACUGCAACACAAGUGACAUCCGUUGAUACUACCCAAGAGAAUAGAAGAAUUCAUGAUAUGUCUCUCGAGAAUACGGAAUUAUAUAACGAUAUACGACCGACGAAAGCGGUCGAUGCGAAAUCUUUCAAUAUUCGGAGACACUCGAGCGCAACAAAUUUGCAAGAUAACGCCUGCAUUAAAAUGGGAUUAAACGAAAAUUUAUCGAGAGACACGCUGUCGCAAAUAUUGCAGUCGGAAUACUUGAGAAAGGACUUAUCUUUAUAAUAUCUGCUGUA